UUUGGUUGUGCAAUGAAAACUCAGAGAAAAAAACCGAAAGAUUUUCCGGUUACUUUUAAAAUGCUAACUACAGAAGACUUGAAAAUAUCUAUUUAUGAAAAUAUUUAAGAAGGAAUCUGGACUGAAAUAUUAUGAUUGUAUUACGGUGUUUUCAGAAGUUGCUAAUGCUUUCAAAAUAUUUUUACUACAAGGUUUUGUCAUCUUAGUGAGAAAGAAACAUUCUAGUCGAUCUUUGAUCGAGCCUGAAUUGGCUUUUUGCUUCUUUUCUGCAAGGCAUCCAAGUAGAUCCUUGCGGCCGAGACCAAAGAAAAUCCGGACUGUGUAGUUGAAAUCUAGAUCAUAAUCCAAAGACCAGAUUGCUGGAUAAACGGCAGCGCGAUCAGAAUUCCGAAGUGUUGGGACAGAUAAUUUCGCUUGAAGAUUUUCUCCGAGGGAUGGCGGCAGCCAUGACCGGCAGCAGCCUGCGCUCCCACCAGCUCUGGUCCCUCCCCUCAUCGCGAGCCAAACCCACCAUCCGAACCAGCCGCGUCCCUCGCCGUAUCACCCCUAGAAUGUCGUCGUCCGGCGACUCCUCUAUCGACCCCCUCACUGCCCUCACCCGGAUCCUCUUCGGCCGCUCCCUGCCCCCGUCGAUUCUCGUGGGCGCCGUCCGCAGCACAUGGACCUCCGCUUGGCAGGUCAUGAUGAGUCAGAUGGCCCCCUCAGACCGGUCGGGCUCCUACUCGCGGCCGGACAGCCCCUUUCGCCGCCGGCCAGGGGCCACCCAAACCGUCCCCGACGCCACCGGCCGCUUCCACCUCUACGUCGGCCUGCCCUGCCCGUGGGCUCACCGGACCCUCAUCGUCCGCGCCCUUAAGGGACUCGAGCGAGCGGUGCCGGUGUCCAUUGCUUCGCCGAGCGCCGACGGCUCAUGGGAAUUCCGGGAAACUGAUACCCAGCGCGGGGAUUACUCGCCGGGGGCAGAUAAGGCGAACGGUUGCAGGACACUGAGACAGGUAUACAAACUCAGGGCGGGUGGGUAUGAUGGCAGAUCGACGGUGCCGAUGCUCUGGGACUCAGAAAGGAGGAACGUCUUCUGUAACGAGAGCCUAGACAUCGCCGAGUUCUUCAACAGCGGCAUGAACGACGUCGCAGGGAGCCCGUCACUGGAUCUGUCUCCGGCGGAGCUGAGGGAGGAAGUAGACCGCUGGAUUGAAAUCAUUUACCCCAAUGUCAACAAUGGCGUUUACAGAUGCGGAUUUGCACAGAGUCAGGAAGCAUAUGACUCUGCAGCAGAUGGGCUGUUCACUACAUUGGAUAUGUUGGAGAGCCACUUGGCUGAAUCACGCUACUUAUGUGGGGAUCGCGUAACUCUUGCUGAUAUUUUCCUGUUCACGACCUUGAUUCGAUUCGACCUUGUCUACAAUGUCCUCUUCAGGUGCACCAAGAAGAAGCUGGUUCAGUAUCCUAAUCUCCAUGGUUACAUGAGGGACAUUUAUCAGAUUCCCAAAGUUGCAGAAACCUGUGAUUUCAAUGCAAUCAUGGAUGGUUACUACAAGAUACUUUUCCCUUUGAAUCCUGGCGGCAUUCGACCGGCGAUACCAUCUGGGUUUGAGAGGGACUCUCUCUUUAGACCUCAUAAUAGAGAAGUUCUAUCGGGCCGAAAGAGAGGUACCGGGGCUCAGUAGCAUAGGCGGUGGUGGGCCAAUGUGUUUCAUAUUCAAAAUCAGAGUUGUUCACAACAUGUACACGUUCCUUUUAAGAGUUGUUCACAACGCGUUCUUCACAAUCCACGACAUAUUCAAGACUUCAGAAUA